AGGACCAAUACAGGUCAAGCAAGGUCGCAGCUUGGUAAAGAGGUGGGUGGCAUUGUUUACCUGCUUGACUAUACGUGCUGUACAUCUAGAAGUGGUGCACAGUCUGUCCACCCAGUCAUGUAUAAUGGCCAUCAGACGUUUUGUGGCUCGUCGUGGUUCCCCGGAGAAUUUUUAUAGUGACAACGGCACAAAUUUCUUGGGAGCGAGCAACAUAUUGAAGAAUCAGAUACAGAAUAUCCAUGAGGACUGUGCGGUCACGUUUACGAACAGCAAGACCAACUGGAUUUUCAAUCCACCAUCAGCACCUCAUAUGGGCGGUUCAUGGGAGCGUAUGGUGCGCUCCGUAAAGGCUGCCAUGUCAGCAAUUGCGGACCAUCCACAUCAUCCGAACGAUGAAGUUCUGGAGACGGUAGUGCUGGAGGCUGAGGCCAUUGUCAACUCCAGGCCGCUAACUUACAUCCCUUUGGAAUCGAUUGAGCAGGAGUCGCUUACGCCGAAUCAUUUCCUGCUCUUUGGCACCAAGGGUAUCACACAGCCGGAGAUGUCGACAAGGCUGGAAGGAGGAAUCCUGCGUGACAGCUGGCGUCUAGCGCAAUGCCUGGUGGAUCAUUUUUGGAACCGUUGGAUUCGAGAGUACCUUCCAACUAUAACCAGACGCACCAAGUGGUUCGAACCGGCUAAGCCGUUGGAAGUUGGGGACCUGGUACUCGUGGUAGAAGAGAGUAAACGGAACGGAUGGUUGAGAGGCAGAAUUCUAGAUGUGGUUAAGGCAGCGGAUGGGCAAGUUCGACGAGCAGUUGUGCGGACUAAAAACGGAAUACUCAACAGACCUGCAGUGAAAUUGGCACUUCUGGAUCUUCAGAAACCUGGGGACGGUCCGGAACUACACGGGCAGGGGGAUGUUACGAAACCACAGGGCAGUUUCGUGCAGUAGGAGGGUGAGCUCAGCCCGUCCGUAGCAGCCAACGUAAAAACAACAAAUAAAUAACGAGAAACGUUAGACAGCAAAACACAGUAGCAAAAACAAAAGAAUCUCACGUGAUACGGCAAAAGAGUGGCAAACGAGUUGAGAAGAAAAAUAAUUAGUUAUCCUAGAAUAAAAACCUUUUCCUAAUAUAUCUAUAUCCUACGCUAUUUACAUUUACAUUCCUACAACAAAUCUUAACCUAUUUCUAUAAUCAAGAGUGAACUUAAAGGUAAAUGAAUUUAUAAACUUAGCUAGACUUAUAACUAAUAGUACGGUCAUUUAGUAGUCACUAAUCAAGAGGAUUUAUAAAAGAAGUGUUCGGAUAAAACGAAGAACAAAACGAAAAUGUAAGUGAAAACUUUGUAUAUUGUGAACCAUGAAUUUAAACGAAUACAUUACAGCUUUGAAG